UCUCUCUCUCUCUCUCUCUCUCUCUCGAGGGGCGGGGCUGGCGUUGGCCCCGCCAUCUGGAGCAGCAGCGUAUGCCCGAGUAAUGAAUGAAAGGCCAGGCCAGAAAGGGGAGCUUGAGUACCUCCCAGAGUGAGACCCUGCGCCCCUCUCCCGCUCCCCGCAGGCCUUCGUCCCCGCCAUGGCUGAGCUAAUCCAGAAGAAGCUACAGGGAGAAGUGGAGAAAUAUCAGCAGCUACAGAAGGACUUGAGUAAAUCCAUGUCAGGGCGGCAGAAGCUUGAGGCGCAACUAACAGAAAAUAAUAUUGUGAAGGAGGAACUGGCCCUGCUAGAUGGGUCCAACGUGGUCUUUAAACUUCUGGGUCCUGUGCUGGUCAAACAGGAGCUGGGAGAGGCUCGCGCCACAGUGGGGAAGAGGCUGGACUAUAUCACAGCUGAAAUUAAGCGAUAUGAAUCGCAGCUCCGCGACCUCGAACGGCAGUCAGAGCAACAGAGGGAGACCCUGGCUCAGCUGCAGCAGGAGUUCCAGCGGGCCCAGGCAGCCAAGGCAGGGGCUUCUGGGAAGGCCUGACCCCGUGGUGGGGGGAGGGGGAGGGGAGGGAAUGAGGCAGCUCUAGGGUCUAUUCUGUAGCUAAUAAAAUGUGAAAACACCUGGCUGUUUUCUGACCAGCCACUUCUGUCAUAAUUGUCUCCCAUCCGUCCCCCGGGCCCCUUUCACUUUAUAUAUACACCACCUAUAUUACUCCCUCAGGUCCCAAAUUCUUGUAACUGGAAUCUCUCUGUGGCAGAGUAAUCCUUUCUUCUUUCUUGAGAGUAAAAUCUGAAAUGUCUCAAACCUA